CGGCAAACGUGUAGUGUGCGCGAUUCGCCAACAGUUGUUACGCGUCAAGGGCUACAAUUUGUGAAUACCGAUCUAAUUUAAAGUAAAAAAAACACACCAUCAUGGGGUGCAAUACCUCAAAACUUCCAGACAACACGACCAGUGGGUUUUUUUGAGUUAAGGUCAUGUCAGUUCUGGUAGGCGCACUAAGGUCAGCACAAAAACUAAAGUAUGAUCAGUCACUUUUUCGCAGUGCUCUCAUUCACAAGAAUAUUCGUCACUGGCCUACCAUGGCUGGUAUAACCAAGGACGUUGCUUUAGGCUCAGCCUCAAAACCCGAAGAUACCAAUGACGGAUACGUCGAAGAUGUGGUGUGCAAAGUGCAGGAUCUUGCCGAAAACGAAAUGCGCGCCUUCGAUUUGGACGAACAAAAAGUCCUCGUAAUCAAACAAAAAGGCGUAAUAAGCGCCAUUGGUGCUAAAUGUACCCAUUAUGGAGCACCACUAGUCAACGGUGCCUUAGGAGACGGUAGACUCAGAUGCCAAUGGCACGGUGCUUGUUUCAAUAUCCAAACCGGAGAUAUCGAAGAUUUUCCUGGUUUGGAUUCUCUACCAUGUUACAAAGUAACCGUCGAAGAUGAUAAUGUUAAAGUCAGGGCUAAACGAUCAGAGUUACAUGCACAAAAACGCGUCAAAAGUAUGGCAAAGAAAAAUGUUGUGGCUAAGGAAAAGUAUGUAAUUAUUGGAGGAGGACCUUCAGGGGCCACCGCAGCGGAAACUUUGAGGCAACAAGGAUUUGAGGGCGAUAUCACUAUGAUAUGUAAAGAAAAGUAUUUGCCAUAUGAUAGAGUUAAAGUGAGCAAACAAAUGGACUUUGAAAUUGAUAAGGGUCAACUUAGAAACGAUGCUUUCUAUAAGGAUAAUGAUAUAGAAGUUUUGAAGGGUGUCACAGCUACUGCAGUGGAAACUGAAAAUAAUUUAGUCAAAUUAGACAAUGGUGCCGAAGUUAAAUAUGACAAACUAUAUCUAGCUACAGGAUGUAACCCAAGAAAGCCCAAUGUACCAGGCAACGACCUUAAGAAUGUGUGCGUGUUGAGGGGAUAUGAUGAUGCAAAGUAUGCUUAUUCCCAAUUAAAACCUGACAUCGACGUAGUCGUCUUAGGCUCAAGUUUUAUUGGAAUGGAAGCAGCCAAUUUCUGCGUAUCAAAGGUAAAAAGUGUCACUGUUAUUGGAAGAGGAAACGCUCCUUUCAGAGCGACAUGGGGCGAACGUAUCGGUGAGGCAAUAAAGAAAGUUUUCGAAGAAAAACAGAUCAAAUACAUACCUAAUAACGGAAUAAAAAAAAUCAACGCCAAUUCAGCAGGAGCUGUAUCAAGUGUGGAACUUAGCGACGGCCAAAUUCUGAAAUGUGACAUUUUGUUGUGUGGUAUUGGAAGUACUUAUUGCACUGAAUUUCUCAAAGGCUCAGGCAUUAAUAUGCGACCUGACGGUUCCGUAGAAGUAAAUGAAUUUAUGCAAACGAACAUUCCUAACGUAUACUGUGGAGGUGAUAUUGCAUAUGCACCAGUAUGGUCGCACAAUAACACCAAAGCCUGCAUUGGGCAUUAUCCUUUAGCUCAAUACCACGGCCAUGUUUCUGGGUUGAACAUGGCAGGAAAAUCAUUCCCACUCAAAGCAGUUCCAUAUUUCUGGACAAUGCUGUUCGGUAAAAGCAUCAGAUAUGCGGGAUAUGGUAGUUAUGAUGACAUUAUUUACGCUGGCGAUGUUGAAGCUUUAAAGUUUAUGGCGUUUUUCUUGAAAGGCGACGAAGUUGUGUCUGCAUCCUCGUGCGGAAUGGAUCCUUUGGUGUCUAUGUUUGCUGAAAGAUUAGCGCAGGGAAAAAAGUUGUAUAGAAAUGAUUUGAAAGAUGAUCCUUUGGCUUGGUCUAAGCUCUCUUAAAAAAAUUAUUUUUAUUUUAAUGGAAAGAAUGUGAUGAUGUUAUGUUAUUAUUCUUAUUCUUCUCUGUAUGGUUUUACAAAUGUUGCAGUAUUAUAAAUAAACAAACUUAUAU